AAUGGUACAACCACAGCGAGCGUAAAAAGUAAAAAAGGGACUCCGUAUUAACGCCGCCGCCCGACGGCGAAUUGGAAGCUUUUGUUAACUCAGUUAACUUUCCGGCGAGAAAUCGCAUGAUUUGAUCAGAGAGAUAAAUUUCAGCUGAGUGUUGUUCAACUCUGUGCAUUGAUUUUCUAUGGAGGCAGAUAGGUUAAAUUCUCCACACACUUCUUCAAUUUUCAUUGAUGUUCUAGGUCAUCAACUUCAGUUUUGCCAGGAUCCUAAUUCGAAGCAUUUAGGCACUACUGUUUGGGAUGCAUCUAUGGUUUUAGUAAAAUUUCUGGAAAGAAAUUGUCGAAAGGGAAGGUUCUCUCCAUCUAAAUUGAGAGGAAAGCGUGUGAUUGAACUUGGGGCAGGUUGUGGUGUAGCAGGAUUUGGCAUGGCAUUGCUUGGAUGUGAUGUAGUUUCAACUGACCAAACUGAGGUUUUGCCAUUGCUAAUGAGAAACGUUGAGCGUAAUACUUCCAGGAUAAUGCAGACAAUCUCAGAUCCAGAUUCAUUUGGUUCCAUACAGGCUGCAGAGUUGGAUUGGGGUAAUGAAACUCAUAUAAAGGCUGUUGGCCCUCCGUUCGACUAUAUCAUUGGGACUGAUGUUGUUUAUGCAGAGCAUCUUUUGGAACCACUUUUGCAGACAAUAAUUGCACUGUCUGGACCGAAGACAACAAUUUUGUUGGGUCAUGAAAUCCGAUCGACAAAUGUCCAUGAAAAGAUGCUUGAGAUGUGGAAGAGACAUUUUGAGGUCAAAACUGUUCCAAAAGCAAAGAUGGAUAGUACGUACCAACACCCAAGCAUCCAGUUAUACAUAAUGAGCUUUAAGACACAAGGAAGUACCUCGGAAAUUGUUAGACUGAUGGCUCAGCAGCAGAAUGAAGAGGUUGCGGACAGAGAAAUUAAGCAUGGAUCAGAUGAAGAUGAAAGUAAAUACGGGUUUAAUCAAAAUGAUCCGACUGACAAUGAAUGCAAGGUAGACAACAACCUGGUUAUGGAUCUAGAGAACAGAAAACUUAGUGAUUGGGAAGUUAGAAGAUGUGGUGCGAUGGCUGCUAGGCUUCUUCGUGAUGUCAAGAUAACAUAAAUUAUAGAGGAUAAUUUCUUUCAAGUAUCUAUGGCAUUUUGUUUGGCAGGUGCUAAAAUGGCAUUACCACUACCAACACUGUCGCACACUGUACUACAAGCCAAUGACAUUGAGGCAAGAUUGUCUUUUCGCCAGAAGUAUACUAGUCUUUGAAGUGCAUCUUAUUGUCCAAGUUCUAACCCAAAAUACAUCGAAAGAACCACGUAUUCUGCUUCUAUAAAGUUGGACAUGUUAGCUUUUGGCAGCAUACCACCAGUUGCACUGCGGAGAUGCAAAUUACUAGCAUGUUAGACCUCAGUUUUUUGAACUUGUUUGGGGUUUUUUGAAGAUGUGUGAAGAAAGAUGAUUUCUCAAUCUUGUGACUUGGAUGUUCAAGUUCAGAUGUUGAUGUUUUAACUAAUUUAACAAGACAGAUAAUUGCUUCAUUUAAUCAAAAGCUGAUCAUCUAUUCCAUGCA